AAUAGUGGAGCCAAGAAAUAGUUAAUCUGUUGAGUUGGCGCGAUGAUUGGCCGCUGCGCGCAGCGCUUCAGCCUCCUUGAAUGAGAAACAGGGGGUAGCCAGGCAACUUCAGAGCUGGAGGAAGAAGAGAGAGAGAGGGAGAGAAAAAAACAAAAACAUAUGAGAAGAUUGAGCUGUAUGGGAUGUUAGAAUUAUGGAGCAAAUUUUGAACGUGUAAGAGCAAACUGCAGGCGUGAGUUUGUCCGGCAAAUGGAAUUAACCGAUGGAUUUUCCUCCGCGCCGCGUCUCUGCGCUCACGUGAAGGGGGCACACAUGUGGAUUAACACGCGUAACUGGCACACGGAACAGUGCUCAGAGAAAGUGACUGUGAUAGCCUGUUGGGCUUCAUCUAAAAUAUUCUACCAAAGAAUAAUGUCCACUCCUGACCUGCUCUGAAGGACAAUAUUUGAUUGGCUUACUAGACUCCCUGAGGCAAAAUUGUUGCUGAGCAAAAGGUGAACACAGGGAAAAGAGCAAGAGUGGCUCGUGUGAUACUUGACCUUCAAAAAGAACUCAGGUGCAGUCCAGAAGAUGAUCUGAAGCUGCUCUUAAGUGGAUCACCCAGCUGCUAAUUCUAUCAUCUUUUCACACAUUUUUAGCAAUGUUCAAACACCGUGGACCAACACUGACAUCAGUGCUGGAUCUUUAUAUUUUGAGGAAUACCAGACAUCUCGCCAUGGAUUUCACAGACGUCCUCUUCGCCACAGAACAACUGUGAGAGAAAGCCAGAGUGAGGGAUCUGACACUGGGACUUGGAGGACCAGGUUGUGUGCUGCUAACCCAUGGUGGAUCUGCUGUGAGCCGGACAAGGGACUCAGCUGUGGAGGAUGUCAGCAGAGGCCGAGCUUCAGCCGGGUGUCAAAACCAGCCAGAGAAAGGACUCCAGGAGGAUCAAAGGUCAGGACCGCAGUGAGGCGGGGCUUAUUAAGCGUUUCCGUGGAGAUGGCGUGCGCUACAAGGCCAAGCUGAUCGGGAUUGAUGAGGUGACAGCAGCACGCGGGGACAAGCUGUGCCAGGACUCCAUGAUGAAGCUCAAGGGGAUGGCUUCUUCAGGUCGAUCCAAGGGGGAGCACAAGCAGAGGGUCUUCCUGACAAUCUCUUUCGGCGGGAUCAAGAUUUACGAUGAGCGAUCUGGGGUUCUCUUACAUCACCACUCAGUCCACGAGAUCAGCUACAUUGCAAAGGACACCAGGGACCACCGAGCUUUUGGCUAUGUAUGUGGGAAGGAGGGCCAUCACAGGUUUGUGGCCAUCAAGACCGCGCAGUCGGCGGAGCCUCUCAUCAUUGACCUGCGUGACCUCUUCACGCUGAUCUAUGACAUUAAACAGCGAGAGGAGAUGGAGAAAAAGGCCCAAAAGGACAAACACUGUGAGCAGGCAGUUUAUCAGACCAUCCUGGAGGACGAGGUGGAUGAUCCGGUUUACCAGUACAUAGUGUUUGAGGCUGGACAUGAACCCCUCCGCGGUCCCCAGUCCGAGGAGAGCGUUUAUCAGGUCCCAACCAGUCAGCAGAAGGAAGGGAUCUAUGAUGUCCCAAAGCGCCAUUUCUUGACUAAUAUCAACCACUUUGAUCUUUUCGGCGACAUGUCAACGCCUCCUUCGAUGCCCCCCUCACCUGCCAACACACUGGAUCCGAGCAGGAGCAGCCGCCAACAGCAACACGCUGCUGCUGCAGAGAUGUACGCCCCCUUCAGCCCAACUUCUGUGCCAUCAGGAUACAUGACCAUGGGUCCGGUCCAAGCGGCACAGUGGGCACAGCAGCCAUACUCUGCUCAGGCUCAGACUUUAGCCUUCCCUGUGCAGGGCUCCCUCCAGGUCGCUCAGGUCCUUCCUGGUGGUCAGCCGCUCAUAUGGAGCCAGGCCAACAUUUUCCCAGCUACUCAGCAGCAGUGGGCGGCCAUGGCAGCCUACAUGCCGGCCCAGACUGUGGGCAUGGGGGGCCACGCUAUACCAGCUGCUAUGCUCCAAGGCCUAGUACCUAUUACCACCAUGUGCCCACAAGCCUGCGAUCUAUCAGCACCGUCCUCGGCAAUCACCAGCCCCCAGCACACAACCAACCCCGCCCUCCUACAGCGGCAGCUGAGCCUAGGCAAAGAGGGCUUGGACUCAGACGCAGGCGAGGGCCCCUCUACAUCAGGAGCUGGAGCAGCAGGUGCAGGACAUGGCAUUGCGUCAGCAGCGGUGAGCAGGUGUGGUACCCCAGGACUCAUGAGUGUACCGGACACGCUGGCCUGUAGUCAGCUGCUUCCACCCUCUACGGCUAUCACCCAGGAAGAGGAAGGCAGCUGUAGUGACCUCGAUCUCUCCAGGAUGACCUUGAGCCCAGGAGCAUCCACGUCGCCGUCAAGUGAAUCUCCAUCCACUCCAGCUCCUCAGCACAGCUCUUCUUCAGACUGCCCCCCCUCUCAUGCCAGUGACUUUCCCACAGAUCAAUCCCCAGUGGACCAGGAUGGGACCGCCAAGGGUUUUGACGUUGUGAGGUCGAUCUCUCCGGUGCCCGAUGGAGCUCCCGAUCCUUCGUCCGAUCACAUCGGUCCACCUGAAGACAGCUCACUCUCCACCACCAUGCAGCCAGUGCAAACCCACAGUGGUGCACUGAUUUUGCACCGUUGUCUCCUCCACGUGACCGCCACCGUGCUGCUGCUACUAAGUCACAGUGAAGUUGCCACCUCAGCGAGGGAGGCGGAGCUUGCGGUCCGUGUUGCCAGGUCAGCAGGAGAAAAUCUCACGCCUCAACCAGUGGACUGUGUUUUAUCAGAGUGGAGCACCUGGUCUCGCUGUGACAUCUGUCAGAAAAACAGGUUCCGCUAUGCCAAACUCACCCAACCAUCCAUGUUUGGAGGGGAGCCGUGCAAUUUUCACAGCCAAGAGGAGGAGCCCUGCAGCGUUCCAGCCCGAUACACAUGUAACAGUGUUCCUCUGUGUGAGGGGUUCCUCUGCACCCACACAGGUCGCUGUAUUCACAGAACCCUGCAAUGUAGUGGGGAGGAUGACUGCGGGGACAUGUCGGAUGAAGCUGGCUGCAAGAGGGUUAACAAUCCCUGCAGGCACGAAGUUGAAGAGUACUGGGGAAUCGAAAACCUUGCCAAAGGAAUCAACAUCUUGAACAGUAACCUGGAGGGACUUGUCCUUGAUAACAGAUACUACGCUGGCAGCUGCUUGCCGCACUACAUCCAAGAUGUCAGAUUCAGGAAGCCUUACAACUUGCAAGAGUACACCACACAGACUAAAGGCUCAUACGAGUUCACUAUGAAGUCCUUUGAGUCGUACAGUGAGUACAUGGACUACUCCAUGAAAGAGCGCACCAGUAAAACCUCUGUUUCCUUUGGCUUUGGGAUUCCAGGCAUAUUUGAGUUUGGCUUCAAUUCCAAUAAUGCCAAAUAUAGCAAGUCGGUCCAGAAGAUUCGCCGUGCCUCUGGAACGACUAACAGCUUCGUGAGGGCCAAAGCAGAGCUGGAGACAGCCCAGUACAUCCUGAAGUCAGAUAAUUUGAUGCUUCACCCUCAGUUCCUGCAGCGUCUGCGCUCCCUGCCACAGUCCUACAUGUAUGGGGAAUACCGGCAGAUCUACAGGGACUAUGGCACUCACUACAUUACAGAGGCUGCUCUUGGUGGAGAAUAUGAACACACCAUCAUACUGAACAAGGAAAAGCUUGAAAAGUCAGAUUAUUCUUUGGAGGAUUACAAGUCCUGCACGCAGGCAGGUCUCAAGGUUGGGGCCAAUAUCCAAGGUGUGUAUGUUUCAUUGGGGUUCCAAGGAGGUUCCUGUAAUGAUCUUCUGAAUGAGAUGGGAGAGGAUACAGUGCAUGGCAGCAUGGUGGAGGACUUUGUUGCUGUGGUAAAGGGUGGAAGUAGUGAAGCUAUCACAGCAUUGGCAGCUAAGAAGCUUCCAACCCCACAGCUGAUGGGUCUAUGGGGUGACAGUGUGCGAUACAACCCCGACUUCAUUCGCAGAACAACACGGCCGCUGUAUGAGCUGAUUACCUCCAAAGACUUUGUAAAUGACGUCACCCUGAAGAGAAACCUGAAGCGGGCCCUGUCAGAGUACCUGGCCGAGUCUAGUCCAUGUCGAUGUGCCCCCUGCCAUAACAAUGGAGUGGCCGUUCUCAGAGGCACGAGGUGCGACUGUGUGUGUCCUAUUGGCUACAGUGGGCAGGGCUGUGAGAUCACCCAUCGACUGAAAGCUGUGGCUAUAGAUGGCAGCUGGAGCUGCUGGGGUUCAUGGUCCUCCUGCAGUGGAGGUACAAUGACGAGGAGUCGACAGUGUAACAACCCGGCGCCCAGCAACGGUGGGAUGGCGUGUCGAGGUCCGCAUCAAGACUCCACUCAGUGCUUUUAAUAUUUCUGCCAACACCUUCCUGAAAACAGUGGAUGAGUCUGCAGCAUGUCUUAUCUGCCUGUAGUUUGAUAUGAUUUA